UUUCCCGCAGUACUUGAAAAUGAACUUCAAGCAAGAAUUGAUCAAAUCUUUAAUCAGCUGGAGCGACUUGAGAUACUAGCCAGUAAAGAGCCACCAAACCGCCGGCAAAAUGCCAAACUGCGUGUUGAUCAGCUGAAGUAUGAUGUGCAGCAUCUCCAGACAGCCCUGAGGAACUUCCAGCACAGACGUUACGCUCGCGAGGCUCAGGAGAGAGAAAGAGAGGAGCUCUUGAGCCGAAGCUUCACAACAAACGAUGCAGACACCUCCAUCCCUAUUGAUGAAACCCUGCAGUUUAAUAGCAGUCUACAAAACGCUCACAGAGGAAUGGACGACCUGCUGGGCUCCGGCUCCAGCAUCCUUAACGGCCUGAGAGACCAGAGGAGCACGCUUAAGGGUACCCAUAAAAAGAUGUUGGAUGUCGCAAACAUGUUGGGUUUGUCGAACACGGUCAUGCGUUUCAUUGAGAAGCGAGCAUCGCAGGACAAGUUCAUCAUGAUGGCUGGAAUGCUGGCUACUUGCUUUGUCAUGUUCCUGGUGGUGAAAUACCUUAGCUGAACUCUCCCGGCUUUAGCUGACCCUGCUGCUCGAUCGCGUCAGUGGAUCAUUCAGGUUUUCAUGCCACAUGCAUCACAUCUAUGAAAAAUGCACAGGUGUGCCGAAAGAAAAUCACAGAACUGCCUCUUUGCAGGAUGACUGCCGCUCUCAACAUCACAAAUCUUUUGAGUCUCUAGUCUUACUACUUAAGCUGUAUUUUUAAAGACAUUGAAUCCUUUCGUAACUUUCCUCUCAGUUGAUUCUGAAAUAAGCAGCAAAUUUGUGUGACUGCUCUUUAUUUUGGAGUCUAGACUGAACUAAAACCUUUAUUCUCGCCGGUAUUAUAGAAGUAUUAGAGCAAAUAAUAAUGAAAGACAUUUAGAUUUAAAAUGCGUAAUGGUUAGAGAAUUGGUCUGUUAUCUGGCUCUUCAUUGCCACCUUCUGGACAGCAAACCAAAAAUAUUUGGUUACUCGGUGCUUAGUUUGUACUGUAUUGUUCAUAACGCUUCUAACCUGUAAAUACAAAUUUCUGUGCAAUAAACUCAAGUAGCAUCUAGCUGCCCUGAAAUGUAAAACUCUCCACUUGUUUCAUACCGUUAAAGUGUGAGUGUGUACGCCUGGAUCUACGCAGGAGCCACAGCCUCCGGCAAACAGGAAAUGAGACAUCUUAUUGGACAUCUGCUGCAUGGAUCUUGACGCUGUAUGUGCAUAUUCACACAUGCUCAAGACCCCAGCAGCAUAAUCCUCAACAAUAUCCUCCUGCAACAGUCAUACAUCAUUUCUGUCUUUGCCACUGUCAUGAAAUUCAAGUGUUGACCAAGAGGAUAAAAUACUAUUACUAUUGAA